AUGCAUCAAGCACCGUUGAGUACGGCUACCAAUGCUACUUCUGCGAACACCCAAGCUGAAUUCCACCGCGCAGUCUCGGCGCCUUCCUUCGACUGCAAUGAGCCGUGUAUGGGGGCUUCGACCGAGAUGUGCGGAGCAGCCAAUCGCAUGAAUAUCAUCCGGGCAAACUGUUACGGCACACCCGUUCCGACAGGCCAUGCGUGCCUGUCUGCAGCGACGAAGGAGUUGCCGUUCUGCAACACGAGUCUGUCCAUCGGUGCCCGCCUCGACGACCUCAUUGGACGCCUCAGUCUUCAGGAGAUGGCCGGUCUCAUUGGCCCCGAUCCCGUCACCAGCCCAUGCGCCUUCCUUGACUACGGCGUCAAGAGGCUUGACAUCCCGCCGUAUCUGCAUCUGGUGGAGACGAACACGGCCGUUGUCUCUGCGUGCAUCAUCAGCCAGGACAAGUGUGCCACCACCUUCAUUGCCCCCACAGGUCUUGGCGCAACCGUCGUAUCCACGGAGAUGCGCGCCUUCAACGAUCUCAACUGGCACAGAGGUGGCGGCGUCUUGCAGAAGAUCGUACUCACAGACCCGUGCUUGAGCGGUGAGUGCGCUGCUGCUGACGUCACCGGCUGCCAGGACGGCACAGACAAGAAGUACAAGAAAAUGACAGCAGGUUUCAAGCACUUUGACGCGCACUCGGUCGAGACAAACCGCAUGGCAUUCAACGGGAACAUGUCUACCUUUGACUUCUGGGACACCGAGACUGCGGUGCGAUUUGCACACAUGGUCAACGCCAACAAGCACGCGUGCGACCCCGUCGACGCCGUCGCGAAGACGCUGAACGGCGGCGCGGACAUGGAGCUCUGGGGGACAUACUGCACCAAAAACAGCCACUUGGGGCAGGCUGUGCAGCAGAACCGCACAACAGUCCACACAGUGCACAACGCCUUGCGGCAGGCAUCGAUGAGUGCACGGCCUGCAGACCCAAGCCUCACCUCCAAUAACGGCCGCUGCAUCAGCGAGUACCCCGAUGGCGAGUAUGAGCUCGCCCAUGCUCCUCAUCUUCUGACGCCGUCUGCUCUCCCUGGACCGAGUGCAAGCCUGGCCGGAAGGAGUUUGUCUGUCUCUGGCAACGCCGUGCGCGACCGCGUAUGCGUGAGCUGCACCCUCGGCAUGGAGUACCAGCCGCUGCCGGAACGCGCCUCGUGCUUCCCCACCAGCGUGUGCGAGGAGCCCUUUAUCGAGACCAUCCCGCCCACGCUCACCACAGACCGCCUGUGCUCCUGCGACACGCUCACCUGCAACAAGCUCGUCACGCAGCUGUUUGAGGAGAUGGUGUGCGCCAAGCCCACGGACGAGCAGCUCGACGUGGUGCUUGACGUGUGCUGCUCCAACCAGGGCGAGGAUUGCAUCCGCGACACCAUUCGCCAGAUGGACGCCUACGAGGCACGCCACUCCUGCCCAGGCUGCACAGACACGUGCGAGUGCAGCGCUGGCUUCAUCCUUCGCACCCGCGCCCCCACCUCCACCUCCAACACCAAGUGCGAGCCAUGCCCCAUCGGCACCACCGACCACGACCGCAACCCGCUCACCGCCUGCCAGCCGUGCCUUUACGGCCACUAUGUGCCUGCGGGCUCCAUCGGCUCCUGCAAGCAGUUCCUGUGCCCGGCUGGCACCGCCGACCUGGACCGCCGCAACGCCAGCACACGCCGUGUACGCCGUGCCAGGCUGGCGUGGACUUUGCCGCCCUCUCUGGCCCAGCGCGAUUGCACACCUGUGACGGAGUGCGACCUCGGCUACGAGGAGAUGGUGCGCCCCACCAUCUUCACCGACCGCCAGUGCCGCCGCUGCAUCGAGGCCCUGUUCUACCGCGACAGCAACACGGACUUCUCCACGCGCGUGUGUCGCCCUGCGAGCCUGGCUCUGCCAGAUGGGCCGCACGUGCCCCAACAACACGUUCAUCUCGCGCCUGCUCACGCCCACGACGCAGAACCACAGGCAUCUGCUCGCCGUGGACGCAGUGCCUGUCUAACAGAGUACGAGCUCGUUGCGCCGUCGCUGGUCAACGACCGUGAGUGCCAGCGCGUGCGCACUCGUGCCAGGACACGGAGUAUGAGGUGUCGGCGGCCACGGCCACGACGGACUGCCUCUGCACCACCAUCAGCGACGCAGCUUGAGUUCAACGCCCUUGCCGACACGCAGUCGCGCCACGAGGCGUUUGAGGCCGCGCUGGGCACCAUUAUUGCCACCGUCGCUUCCAUCAACGAGGACUUUACGGCGCGCCUCUUCAACCGAUCCGUCUCUGGCGACAUUACCGUCAUGGCCUUCACCGCAUCGCCGUGCGAGGCCGACGCGUUCCUGGACGACUCGUCCCUUUGGUUGCACGGCAACCAUCUCAAGGCAUCGGAUGCUGUUGGCUCUUGGACCAUCACGGCGCUGUUGGAAGAACCGCUAGCAGCAGCAGUGGUUGUGGUGGUCGUGGUGCACGCCAUGGCUACAGCAGCGACAGCUGAUGAGGUGGUGGUGGUGAAUGUGCUUGCAUUCCUCACGAGUUCCAGCAACAGCAAGGAGGUGGUCGCCGUGCUUCUGGUGGGCACACAUGUGUUGACUAUUGUUGGUGCCAUGGCUGGCAGCAGCAGUUGCUGCAAUGCGAGGCAAUAGCAAUGAAGAAGAAGGUGGAUGUAUGUGGGAGUGCACGGCACGCAGUCACCCUCCCUUUGUGCUUUGCUGUGCAAUUGGCGUGUGCGCACACCGAUGACGACGAUGAUGAGACGGCGGCCAAUCAAAUCACUUCCCAUCUGAGGAACCAUCGCUUCGUGGCUGGUGCACGCGUACAUCCCUUUCUUCCUUCAGGCCGGCCAUCGACAGAGCAGCGUUGCAGUGCGCCAUGUGGUGUUUGAUGAUGCGUCACUGUUGUUGUCACUGCGUUGGCUCUUUGUUCACAUGCACGCCGCGCAUACUCAAUGUGCUUCCUUCCUUCCUUCCUUCCUUCCUUCUUGCUGCCUCUUCUCCCACUCUCCCUUUUCAGUGAUGUGUGUUUGGUUGCUGGC